AUGGCUGCCAAUCCCAAACGCAGCAGCAGGAGAGCCCUCGGCCACCGGCGCCGCGUCGACGACGAUGGUGAUGACGAGGGUGGCCCCGAGACCCUCGACGCUCUCGAUGAUGACUCCAUGACAGAGGGAUCCGUCAUCAGCGACGAGAACAACCAUGCGGAUGAUAGCGACACCAGCAACGUUGACGAGGCAUCACCUAUAUCCCCGGCUCUGAAGAAGACCUCAGGCCGCGGGUCGGCGAAAGCCGGUGAUCGUCGCCCUGCCGCCGCCGUACCUGAUGCCACCGAUGCCGACGGCCAUGCUGCUGAGGCUGUCGCCGAGACCGAAUCACGUCUCCACGAGCUGAGCAUCUCGGACUCGCCCAAGACUGCGCAUGCCGACGACGCUGCCGCUGCACCCUCCAAGCCGGGCGGUCCAGUCGUUGUGAGCUCAACAUCGGUGCCGUCACAGGAACCUCCCUUCGAGCGCCGGCGACGUGAACAUGAAGAGUAUCGCAAGAAGAGGGACGAGGACCCGGCAUUCGUGCCGAAUCGAGGAGCAUUCUUCAUGCAUGACCACCGCCAUGCGGGACCUGCCGCGAAUGGCUUCCGCCCUUUCGGCAGAGGAGCAUUGAGCAGAGGUCGAGGAAGGGGCCGUGGUUUUGGUGGCCCCUUCGCACCGGUUCAAUCGUUUCAAUCGCCUUUCGAUCCCACGACGAGCGCUCCUUGGUCCCACGAUAUGCAUGAGACCGUCGCUGACCCUGUGCCUCCUCGACAACCAAGGCAAUCUGUUCAACCUUCCGAGGGUCUUCCCAAUGGUGACGGACAUAUUCCCACUUGUCCCCCAAGCAACACUCCGAUCAACAGAACGUUAUCGACCGAGAAGACGCUGGGCAACGUGGAGAUUCGCGUAUUUUUCCCCGGGCUUAAGGAGCCUAAGUCGUUCUCUGGCAUCGCGAUCAAACGGUACACGAAACUACCUGACCACAGGCCCCCGCUGCGACGUGACAAGCCUGUCCGGAUCUCGCUGCCAGACAACCCACCUCGGUACAUAUUCCCUGCUGUUGACAGGUCCUUCAUCUUCAUUCCUCGGGCUCUACGACCAAACCAGCAGCGGAUGCGCGGCAAGCCACGCCCAGGUCUGGGCUCAGUGGGAGGCUACUCGCGCCGUACGAGUGUCUAUGGGGGAAGUUAUUAUGGUGGCAGUGUUUACACGCCAAGUGUUGAUAUGAGUCGGCGGUCAUCCAUUGCUCCAGCAGACUUCAUUUCCCCGACCGGAUCCGCCAUGUCGCGUCCCAUCGUCCGGCUGCCGCCCAUGGCUCGACCAGACAUGCCAAUGCCUGUGCCUGUGCCUGUGCCUGCGCCGGCUCCAAUGACAGCAGUCUUUCCCCAGCCUCUUCCGGUUGGCGAUGUCACGGACGCUCCUGCACCGGCACCGGCGCCGGAGGAGCCCGCGGCCUACGAGCCCUCGAUCAGCGAUCUGCCGCACCCUCAAACGCACCCUCUCCCUCAGAAGCCCAUCUUCCAAGAGAACCGUCCGGGCUCCAUCCCCAUGCACCAACCUCGGCCACAGAAGGCCGUGUCAGUGGAGAACAUCGAGUCGCCUACGCGGCAAAUUAACCCUCCGCAGCAAUAUCAGCAAGCUUUCCAUCAGCAGGUACCUCCUCAGGUGGCCAACAGCUUGUCUCAGGACACACACGCUCGCAAUUCAUCUUACCCAUCUCAGUUCUCCACGGGCACGCCUCUGUCUCAGAUCCCCGAGAGGGCUAUUCAUGCCGCGCCGUUCCAGCCCUCUGCCUUCACGCAGCCUCAGCCUCAGCCUCAGCCUACUUAUUAUAAUCAGCCAUAUCAGAUGAUGCCACCUCAGCAAGGUUAUUACUACCCUCCGCCAUACGGCAAUAAUAUGGCGCCUUCGGCGGCAGCUCCGCCUUUCUACCCUGGGACGCAGCAGCCUCAACAGGUGAACUACAACCAGAGUGGACAAGGCGACCCUUCAGGUGCGUCGCAAGCAUUGGUGGCCCAAGAGAGCGGGGGCUGCGUCUAUUACUACGACGCAUCACAAAUACCCACAUACCCCAAUUAUCCGGCGUACGCAGCACCCGGGUACGGCAUGGGUAUGUCACCCGGACCUGAUGGCUUCUACUACAAUCAGGCGGCUCCAGGAAUGGCUCCUUAUCCCGGGUAG